AUGUACCUAUCAUUGCAGCUUGCAUCUCAAGAAGCUUAUAAUCAUAUACGAAGAGCAACAAUACGCAAUUACGCUCAUGACGAUGAAGACAGUAUCCUGAGCUUUUAUAAUGUUGAAAAGCUCGUUGCGCAGUACACUGGUGUCGAGUCAAUUGAACAUGAUAUGUGUCCCGAUUCGUGUUUGGCAUUCACAGGCCCAUAUGCAGCACUUGAGAUCUGUCCUCUGUGCGAUAAAUCACGCUGGGACCAGGGAAAGCUGCGAGCAACCAAUGACCGCAGCAAGGUCGCGGCUCAGAAAUUCACAACCAUUCCGCUUGGUCCCCAGUUGCAGGCCAUGUAUCGUGAUCCCGACAGUGCGCGCCAUAUGCAGUACCUUCAUGAACACACGCAACAGAUCCUUGCACAAUUAAGGGCUACGCAAUCCAUUCCUGUAAUUGACGACAUUGCUGCAGGUUGGGAUUACCUCGCCGCAGUACUUGCCAAUGAUAUCAAGCAGGAUGAUAUUGUCCUCAUGGUUCCGGACUGUUGGAUGUAUGUAUGGAUCAUUCUCAAUCUAUCGCCUGACAAGCGCUACCAGAAAGUGCAUAUUUCAUUCCUCUUUGUCGGGAUGCACCACCUUGCCGCCCUUCAGAAGAAUGGUCUUACGAUCUGGGAUGCAUCCCGCGACACUGUUUUCACAUCUGACCUCCAUCUCCUUUUCACAACUGCCGAUGGCCCUGGACUCGUCUAUUGGGAUGGAAUGGUCGGGCAUAGUGGUAAAAAUGGGUGCCAGGGGAGACGUAAGACUGGCGGUAGCCACUAUUAUCCUGCAUUGCUCAGGCCAGCGGACCGUUGUGCUCGUGCCCUUCACAGUCCCUCGGUGUUCCUUACUCUGGCAAUCUUAGCGACCUUCUCCUCAGACUGCGCAGCUGCCGAUAAUCCAGCCACCUGGGAUUGGGCUGUUCUGAAAGAUGAAGACACUUGGAUCGCUCAUGGUGAAGCUGUCGAGAAAGCAGGUGUAUACCUACCAGGUUCCUUUGAUCGCAAACCCCGCAAUAUUGCUGAAAAACUCAACACGAGUUACAAAACAUGGGAAUUUCAGCUUUAUAUGUUCGGCCUCGCACCUGCACUUCUAUAUGGAUUGCUUCCGAUGAAAUAUUGGCAAAAUUAUUGCAAACUUGUUGCGCGGAUUCCAGCUACUGUACCUUCAACAUGCUCAAUCACUGCUAUGCUAUUGGGAACAAGAAUUCGAGCACCUCUACUAUCAACGCAAAGAGUAUCGGCUCCAUUUGUGCGCCCGUGCAAAGGUCCGCCGAUCUGCUACGCUCAGUGGACGAUGGAGCGAACCAUCGGGAAUCUUGGUCAAGAGAUUCGACAGCCGUCGCAACCAUAUGCUAACCUCUCGCAACAAGGAGUUCGGCGUUAUGAGCCACCCAAGGGCCUUCCAGAAGGUGCCGUUGAUGUUGGAGAUGGGUAUGUGUUGUUGCGAAACGAGAGAGCCUUUCUUCGCCAUGGACAACAACUCCCUCGUAUACGCAAGUGGGCACGACUUCGGUUACCAAAUGGACAGACGGCACGUUCAUCGUGGAGAGAAAAACUCAAACCCCUUGAGAAGACGCGCAUGUCACGCAAUGUCAAGAUAAAACUUAACAAUAAAAUUCAAUUCGCUGAGGUUUUGUACUACACACAGCUGCCAGUUAACGUCGCCGGACAGAACGCAGACAACUCGGAUGACGACAAUGAAUGGCACUUCGAGAAUGUUGCAGUCGUGCAGAUGUACUCCAUGCCGCACAAAGAACUCCUCAAACUCUCGUUGCAGACCCUCGUAUCCUGCACACUCCUUGAUGAUAUUCUGGCAAUUGAUGUCAAAAAUAUUGUUAGCGUUUAUCGCAAUGGUCCCGCAUGA